AUGGAGAAAGAGCGAAGGAAUGAGAAAUUCUUUUCCAGGAAGAGAAGUUUCACUUUUGGCGCUUAUGGAGGGGUGGACAGGUUCAUCUGCGAAACCCGACAAGAAUCGAUAGAGCGCAGCAUCCUGGACAUACUUGACUCUCCCACUAAUGAGACCAAAUCUGUCCUCACUGCAGCCACGAAUCAGAGGUCCACAGACCUUUUCGAAAUAAUUGAGAAGCUUCAGGGAAGCCGUUUAGAUGAACAGCGCUGUGCAUUCCCUCCCCCACUGAAGCUUUUAAAGAUAAGCAGCACCCUCCCCUUGAUUCUCCCCCCAAAAUCAGGAGGUUACUGGAUAGAGCCACGCUUUGAAAAGUUUGUUGAGACCAGCCCCACCCCUUCAAUCGCUGGACUUGAAGUAGAGACUUAUGACAUUAUGGAACGAGACAGUGAAGCCAAGAUCUACAGAGAAUGGUUCAGAUCCAAGUAUCAUAACUCAUUCACAGCAGUUGACCCUUCACUAGGACCACUUGUUCUCUCUGUCUGUUUGGAAGAAGAGGAAAAAAGACUGAGAAUCAUACUAAGAAUGAAAGACUGCACUCUGCAUGGAAUAUUCUCUCUCUCUCUCUUCCAACACUUUCCUACUGCUAUUGAACUGGCUAAGAUGUUGUGUGACUCUGUGACCCUGUCCCAAUUUGAGGCUGUCAGUUACCUCAAGGCACCAGAACUCAUCACAGCAUUUGAUGAGCACAGAGUGUCACAUCAUUUCAAGUUUGGUGUUUUAUAUCAGAAAGAGGGACAGCUGACAGAAGAAGAUAUACUUAGUAACAAUGAAGAAAGUGAGGAGUUUCAAGCUUUUCUUUCCAUUUUGGGGGAGACAGUGAAACUACAGGGCUUCACUGGGUUCAGGGGAGGUUUGGAUGUGUGUCAUGGUCAAACAGGAAGUGAUGCAAUUGCCACUUCCUUCCACGGGAGAGAGAUAAUGUUUCAUGUUGCUACCAAACUGCCCUUCACAGAGGGUGACACACAGCAACUGCAGAGAAAAAGGCACAUUGGGAAUGAUAUUGUUGCAUUGGUUUACCAGGAAGGCCCUGUCCCUUUCAUCUGUGACAUCAUCAGCUCUCACUUCCUGCAUUGUUUCAUAAUUGUCAGGCGUAUGCCAAGAAGUAGGGGUGAGGAAGCAAAAGGUGCAACAUUUCAGGUGUCAGUAACAGCAAGAGAAGAUGUGCCUCCAUUUGGUCCUCCCCUCCCAGAUCCACCUAUUUUCACAGAGUGUCCUGGCUUUAGACACUUCCUCCUGACCAAACUGAUCAAUGCAGAGAUUUCCUGCUACAAGGCUGAUCGAUUCAGCCGGCUGGAGCUUCGCACUCGCUCGUCUCUCCUGGAGGGACUGAGAUCCGAACUGUCCUCCCAAUCCCAGUGCAUGCUGGGAGAGCCAGCCCCUCCAGCACUCCCCCUUUCUGACGGGGUUAGGGGCGGGGCGGAAGGAGGUGGUGGGUUCAUUGAAAAUUUCAAGAGAGCAAUCAGGGUGCGCAGCCACUCGUUUGACACCCUGGGGGCACCCAAAAGGACAGGCGGCGGGGGGCCACCACAGAAGCCUCGUGUGUCCCAGGGCACAUUGUCUGCAGGAGAUAAGGAAGGAGAAAGUGAAUCCGCCAACAAGCAGUUGGGACCCAACCUCCAGCUGAAUGGCAGUCCCAGUUGUGGAGAUGGAAAAGGUCAGAGCAGUCCACAAGAGGAUGAGUAGACAACAGUAACACUGUACGUUCAUUGUGCUGUAAAGGCACAGUGCU